GCGUACACAAACAACCGCUGGUGCUGAUCCUCCAGAGUGUGUGGAAUGGCACUCUCUAUUGCAAUUCUAGACUGUGACCUGCUUCUGCAUGGUCGUGGUCACAAAACUCUUGAUCGAUUUGAUAUCGAGACCGUGUCGGAUGACUUUCUGCUGAACACAUUUGGCUUCCCACGUGAGUUCAUUUAUUACCUGGUGGAACUGCUAAAGGAUAGCUUGCUGAGACGCACACAGCGGUCGCGAGCAAUUAGCCCAGAUGUUCAGAUUCUUGCAGCCCUGGGAUUCUAUACAUCCGGCUCUUUCCAGAGUAAGAUGGGAGACGCGAUUGGCAUCAGCCAGGCUUCCAUGAGUCGCUGCGUUUCUAACGUCACCAAAGCUCUGAUCGAGAAAGCACCAGAGUUCAUCGGCUUUACUAGGGAUGAGGCCACCAAGCAGCAGUUUAAAGAUGAGUUUUACCGAAUUGCAGGAAUACCUAAUGUGACGGGAGUUGUGGACUGUGCACAUAUAGCCAUUAAAGCUCCCAAUGCGGAUGACUCUUCCUAUGUAAAUAAAAAGGGAUUUCACUCGAUCAAUUGCCAGUUAGUAUGUGAUGCCAGAGGACUGCUGUUGAGUGCUGAGACACACUGGCCUGGUAGUUUGACAGACAGAGCGGUCUUUAAGCAGUCCAAUGUGGCAAAGCUGUUUGAAGAGCAAGAGAAUGAUGAUGAAGGUUGGCUUUUAGGUGACAACCGAUAUCCUCUAAAGAAGUGGCUGAUGACUCCUGUGCAGAGUCCAGAGUCUCCUGCUGACUACCGCUAUAACUUGGCUCACACAACAACGCAUGAGAUUGUAGACCGCACAUUUAGAGCCAUUCAGACACGUUUUCGGUGUUUGGAUGGGGCGAAGGGUUACCUGCAGUAUUCCCCAGAGAAAUGCUCUCAUAUAAUUCAGGCCUGUUGUGUGCUGCAUAACAUUUCCCUGCAGUCCGGCCUUGAUGCCUGGACCUUUGAGAGGACAGAGGCCACCGACCAAUCAGGGGAAGAUAUCGAUCCAUCUGACACUGAUGACCCAGAGGCUCUGAGAGUUCGACAGGAACUCAUCCAGAAUCAUUUCAGCUAGGAUGGGAAUGUAGGAGUUCACAAUGAAAUAGUUUUAAUGAUACACAUGUCAUGCUGAUGACUCCCUGCAUGUUAAGAUUUUGAUAAAGGAUGAAAAGUGUAUUAUUUACUCACCAUCAUGCCCUUUUAAACUUGUGUAUGACUUUUGUCUCCUUUUGCAACUCUAAAGGUAAUAUUUUUAAUAAAAGCGUGCAAAUUAAA